UUUUUUUUGGGAGGAAGGCCACUUGUUUGUUUUGUAUUUUUUUCGUAUACGUUAUUAAACAAACUCUCAACUCUCUCUCCCCUUUUUAUGUUCUCCUUUUUGUUCUAUGCUUUUUCUCGUUCAUAUCUCAAAAGGGUCUCAUCUUAUUUCUCUAUUUGUUUCUCAAAUCUACUCCUUUCUUUGGCUUCUCACUGGUGGAUUCUUCCUUUACAAUAUACAAUUUGAAUGCUUUUUAUGCCUUCAAAUUCCCAAGCUAUCAACUGCUGAGCUUGAUGGGUUCAAGAUCUUUCUCAGCAUCUCUAGAUUCUUCUGAUGCUCAUUUUGAAAGGAAUGUCACCGAAAACGGCAAUAUGGUUCCCCUUAAGUUUCAUGAGCCAAAUGGGGUGCCAGAUCAGGGUCAUCAAGUCUCUAGUCCAAUAAGAAGAGAUGUUAACUGGUCGUUAUCUGGUGUAAAGUUUCUUGAGAAUGAUGAUAUGGAUUUGGAGGAUGGUAAGUUGGAAAAGGACAGGAAUAAAACAGUACGCAGUAGCAAGGCCAUUCAGAUACAAAAUCAGGCCUUAUUGGCUGGACUUGCAUAUUGCUUAUCCUCAUGCAGCAUGAUACUGGUAAACAAGUUUGUGCUCUCCGGCUAUGAUUUCAAUGCUGGGAUAUCCUUGAUGCUAUACCAGAACUUUAUAUCGGUUGUUAUUGUGUCUAUACUGAGUUCUAUGGGCGUAAUAUCAAGAGAGCCUCUAACAUGGAGGUUGAUUAAAGUAUGGUUACCUGUGAAUGUCAUAUUUGUUGGAAUGCUUCUUACAAGCAUGUUCAGUUUGAAAUAUAUCAAUGUAGCCAUGGUCACGGUCUUGAAGAAUGUUACUAACGUAAUUACUGCAGUAGGUGAAAUGUAUUUGUUCAAGAAGUAUCAUGAUAGCAGAGUGUGGACUGCUUUGUUCUUAAUGAUUGUUUCAGCAGUUUCUGGAGGGAUAACAGACCUGUCAUUUCAUGCCAUUGGAUAUGCAUGGCAGAUUAUAAACUGCUUCUUAACUGCAUCAUAUUCUCUGACUUUGCGUAGGGUCAUGGAUACUGCAAAGCAGGUCACCAAAUCUGGAAACUUGAACGAAUUCUCAAUGGUCUUGCUAAAUAAUACACUUUCAUUGCCCUUGGGGAUUCUUCUUAUUUUUGUUUUCAAUGAGGUCGAUUAUCUAUACACAACGCCACUUCUAAGAAGGCCGGACUUCUGGUUGAUAACGACUUUAAGUGGAUUUUUGGGUCUAGCGAUCAGUUUCACUUCAAUGUGGUUUCUUCAUCAAACAGGAGCUACCACGUACAGCCUGGUGGGAUCGUUGAAUAAAAUCCCUCUCUCUAUAGCUGGAAUUGUUCUUUUCAAGGUCCCCACUAGUUUGGAAAACUCUGCUAGCAUUUUCUUUGGUCUUUUGGCCGGAGUGUUUUUCGCGAGAGCCAAAAUGCGGGAGAAAUCUCAAUCUUAAGAGCGUUAUUGUAGCAAUAUGUAUGUAUGUAUACGGUGCUUGCAUCCUGUGAGUGAAGGUUUGCAAGUAACAUACACCCUGUGACAGCUUUUGAGCAUUGUUCAAGUGUCAACCAGUUUUCAUGGAAGACAGCAAAAUGGGGUGGUGGAAAAUUAGUUCCCAGUAGAAGUUUGUAUGCUGUGAGGAUGGUGGGGAACCGAUAAUUGGGAGUUGCUUUGAGUUUAGCAUCUGUUUUUUAUGCUCUUAUGUUGUAUUUGUAUUGGGGGAUCUUGUUCUUCUCGUUUUACCUUUAUUUUUCUAGUAUCCUUGAUUGUAAUUUGUGCAACCUUGAGCCAACUUCAAUUUGAAAUAGGGAAAAAAGGUUCACUCAA